AUGAACGACUCACCCUAUCAAAAGCUUGUGUUACAGGCACGAGACGAGGAGCAGCAACGACGGCGAUCCGCAGAGCUGGCACGAGAGGAGGAGCAGCAACGACGGCGAUCCGCAGAGCUGGCACGAGACAAGGAGCAGGCAAAGAAUCGCAAUACUACCCUACCCGAAUAUCUCGAUGCCCUUCACACUCACCUGCACUGCGGCUUAUCCGUUAACGAGAAGAGCAUGAGUACACAAGGCGAUCCAUCCAACGCGAAGAAGAAGGCCCGACCAGAUCGACUACGGCUUUGGACAGACUUCCCUACCCUGCAGAUAGCCAUCUGGGACACUUUGGUGAAAUCGGAAUUCAUCCACGCACGCCAAUUCCAAUCGACCGUCACUCUACAACAGAACGGAGAGAUGGUCAGGCGCAGGAUGAUGAGCUCGGAGCUUGACCUGCACUAUUUCGAGCGACUCACGGUGCAUGAGCACGUGUCGCUCAUUGUCAGCAAGCUCUAUGAGCAGGACGAGGAACUGCGGCAAGCUUUCAAGCUAGAGGGGUCGGUGGACUUUGAGAACCACGCCAACACGCUCAGCUCGGCGCCGGAACUGGACCAGUCCGGGCCCCGCCCGAGUCAUUCAGCACUUAUAAGGGCCCGAGGGCAAUCCUUCGACUCGCAGCCACCCGCCACGCCGACUCCCGCGUCGACUCCCACGCCGACUCUUCGCCCCCUCGCGGACCAGUUCUGCGUCUACAACAGUGGUGCACACAAACGUAUUCCCGCCUUGAUUAUGGAAUACAAGCCGCCUCAUAAGCUUACUUUAGGCACCAUCUACGAAGGGCUGGAGGAGUUUAACCUAGAAGACGUCCAACUCAAAGGUAAAAACGAGGAACCGAAGCAGCGCCAGCGCCGCUUAGUAGCCGCGACCAUUACCCAGGUCUUCUCGUACAUGAUCCGUUCCGGUCUCGAGUUUGGAUGCGUCUGCAUCGGCGAAGCGACCAUCUUUCUUAGGGUGCCUGAGGAGGACCCAAGUACCGUCUACUUCUACCUCUCCGUACCUAAAGGGGAUGUUGGCGAUUCGACCGGAUGGACUACGGAUGGAGACCAGGACAAUCGGCUCCAUCUUACCGCAGUCGGCCAAAUGCUCGCCUUCACCCUCCAAAGCCUCAGGAAGGUGCAGCGCCCCAACGACUGGCGCGCUAGCGCCCUGAAGCAGCUCCAAACUUGGGAUAUAGUCUACAAUGAAUUUGUCGCGGCGGUGCCGAAGGGCACAGAAGCACCCUCUUCGGAGUAUCGGCCAUCCCGCCAGCUUGGCUUUCUUCGCGCGUCGCCCAUCCGCUUGCGACCUCGACGGGGCGCCCUCGUCCGGCGGUCCUGCGGGUCCAAUGACCCAUCUGCCCUCGGCGACAGUGAUCAAAGCGGUUCCGAUUCAGAAACACCCAGCCGACGAGCUCGACCCCCACCUUCUUCGCGGGCGGUGGAGCUGCCGCUCCGAGCCGCGGCCAGUUCGUCAUCGAAGAAGACCACGACAUCUGGAGACCGUGCGGGUCAGCAGUACUGCACGCAGGAAUGCCUCCGCGGCUUACUCGACGGCGGGCCCCUCGACAAGUCAUGUCCUAAUAUAGACCAGCACGGAUAUGACCAUCACCAGAUCGACGCGGCCGCCUUUUGUACUCUCAUGCAGCAACAGCUCGCCGAGUGCAUGGAUACAAACUUCGAGGUAAUUGGCAGAUGCGGGUCCCGCGGGGUGCCGUUCAGGGUGCGACUGGCAUCCUAUGGAUAUAUACUCGUCGCUAAGUGCACGCCCCCCGACUUCGUCCACCAUCUCCAGCACGAAGCCGCCGUCUACGACCGGCUCCGCCCUAUCCAAGGCCUCUUCGUCCCCGUACACAUAGGAAACAUCAAUCUUGUACGGCCGGUCUACUACGAGGGCAUCGCGGAGCUCACAUACGUCAUGUUCCUAAGUUUUGGAGGCAUGCCGAUUUCCCGACAGAUCACUACCGACAACCGCGCGCAAAUCACCGAGCAGGCUUUAAGCUGCGUCCGGGCAAUCCACAGCUUAGACGUCCUACACCGCGACAUCGCCAAUCGCAAUAUCCUUCGGGACGUCAGCAUCGGCAGGACGAUGGUCAUCGACUUCGAGCGCUCGGAGCUACGACCGCCUCGGCCGGUGCUUGGCCCCGUCUCGCCGAAUUGGAAGAGAAAGAGGGAUAAAGGUGGUGUAGGUAAGACGCGGCAGGGCGUAGCAGACCCAUAUUCGGGGGAGAGGGAAGAGGUCACUUGGGAGCUGUCGCGCCUAACUGUCUAA